GCCGAACGCGGAAGUGAGGCGCUUCUGAUGUGAUUUGAUCAAGAUGAUCGGGGAUCUGUUGAUAUUCGGGACUUUACUGGUGAACGCAGGGGCUGUGCUGAACUUCAAGCUCAAAAGGAAGGAGUCGCAGGGAUUUGGAGAUGACUCUGGAUCACCAACAACAGGGGACAACAUCAGAGAGUUUCUGCUCAGCCUGCGGUACUUCCGGAUCUUCAUCGCAUUGUGGAACAUCUUCAUCAUGUUCUGCAUGAUCCUAUUGUUUGGAUCAUGAUCGUGUGUGGCCAGUGGACUUCCUCCAAGAUGCUUCCCUUUCCAGAUGGAUGCUGUCAGCUUCUCCUUAAUGUCCUUUUUCUCUUUCUUUGACCCUUUUACUAGUAAUUAUACUCCUUUUGGUUUACAACCCUUUGUGCUGUACAGGAAUUUAUGAAUGGCUAUAUUUAUUCUUCUCUUGUUACAUUUUUAUUGAUCUUUCUUUAACUGUAACACCUUUGCUGGAAACUUGUGGUUUUGUAGUUAGUGGUAAAGAAACACCAGAAACAUCAUUUUAUUCCUUUUUCCUGCACAGGCUCAGUUCAUCCAGAUUCCACAGAAAAAUCUGAAUCUGAUUUGUGAGUUAUAAAUAGGAUUAUUUUACUCACUUAUGUGUUUGUUUUCAACUUCUUAGGGGGGGAAAUUGUGCUAUUUUCUUUAUUCAGCAGCACAUGUGCUGUAAUUAAAUAUAUAUUCACUGUAAAUGUGACCUUAUUCUUAAUAAAAAAUAAAGUUUUAUUAUCAAAUA